CUCCGUGGACUCUCUGAGUCUUUUUUUUUUUUUUUUUUUUUGUGCGCACAGUCCUCCACAGCCAUGUUGCUCCACUUUCUCCUCGCCUUGGCCUCGUUUUCCCGGGCUGGCUGCUACUUUUCGGAGGAAAAGUUCCCGGAGGAGUCGAAAAUGCAGCCUCCCACCGUGGUUAUCGCCAUCAUAGCCCGGAACGCCGCGCACUCCCUGCCCUACUACCUCGGAGCUCUGGAGAGACUCGACUACCCCAAAGACCGCAUCUCGCUGUGGGCGGCCACCGAUCACAACUCAGACAACACCACCGCCAUCCUGAAAGAGUGGCUGACUGUCAUGCAGAAAUAUUACCAUUACGUUGAGUGGAGACCAAUGGAUAAACCCAUAUCCUACGCGGGAGAGCUGGGUCCUAAGCACUGGCCCAACAGCAGAUAUGAAUACGUGAUGAAGCUGAAGCAGGCGGCACUCAACUUCGCCAGGAAACGCUGGGCUGACUACAUCUUGUACGCUGACACAGACAAUAUCCUCACAAACCCAGACACUCUCAACUUGAUGAUAGCUGAAAACAAGUCAGUCAUCGCUCCCAUGUUGGACUCUCAGGGCGCCUACUCCAACUACUGGUGUGGAAUCACUCCACAGGGAUAUUACCGCCGCACAGCGGAGUACUUUCCCACCCGUCACCGCCACAGACUGGGCUGCUUCCCGGUGCCGAUGGUUCACAGCACUGUGCUGCUGGAUCUGAGGAAGGAGGGCAUGAAGAAACUGGCUUUCUUCCCCCCUCAUGACGACUACUCCUGGCCUUAUGACGACAUUAUCAUCUUUGCCUUCUCCUGCCGGGCUGCGGAGAUCCAGAUGUAUCUGUGCAACAAGGAACGCUACGGCUACCUGAACGUCCCCGCCAAGCCUCACCAAACCAUAGAAGAUGACCACCUCAACUUUGUCCACGUCCACCUUGAGUCCAUGAUCGAUGGCCCCCCCAUGCAGCCGUCCCGCUUCGUCCACAUGUUCCCCAAGCAGAGAGACCUGAUGGGAUUUGACGAGAUAUAUCUGAUAAACCUGCGGCGCCGUCCUGACCGAAGAGACAGGAUGCUGUUCUCUCUGAACGAGCUGGAGAUUGAUGUCAAGGUGGUCGACGCUGUCGACGGAAAUGCGCUGAACAGCAGUGACAUUAAGAUUUUGGGUGUUGACUUGCUGCCAGGCUACUACGACCCUUUUUCUGGACGCACUCUGACUAAAGGAGAAGUGGGCUGCUUCCUCAGCCACUAUUUCAUCUGGAAGGAGAUGGUGGACAUGCAGCUGGAAAAGGCGGUCAUCUUUGAAGACGACGUUCGCUUCCAGGCCAACUUCAAGCGCCGCCUGACCAGACUGAUGGAGGACGUGGAGCAGGUGGAGUUGGACUGGGACAUCAUCUAUUUGGGCAGGAAGCAGGUGAACCCAGGGAAUGAGGAGCCGGUGGAGCACGUGCGGAACCUGGUGGUGGCCGACUACUCGUACUGGACUCUGUCCUACAUCAUCUCCCUGCAGGGAGCCCAGAAGCUGCUCAACGCUGAGCCGCUCUCCAAGAUGCUGCCUGUUGAUGAAUUCCUCCCCAUCAUGUACGACAAGCAUCCAAAUGAGGACUACAUGUCCCACUUUCCCAACAGGAACCUGCAGGCCUUCAGCACGCGCCCCCUCCUGGUGCAGCCGUGCCACUACGCCGGCGACCCCCAGUGGGUGAGCGACACGGAGACGUCGACCCUGUGGGACGACGACUCGGUCAGGACCGACUGGAGGGGCUCCCACAAGACCCUGAAAGGGGCUGCGCCGGCGCCCGAGAUGCUGUCGGCCGCCUACAGGGAUGAACUCUGACGCGGCGCAGGCGUGGCCGCGGUGCGCCGGCGGGGUCGAAGGGCCAAGAGGUCAGAGAGACAGAUGCUGCCUGGAGAAACGAUCUCAGACUUGAUUUCAGUGUCACGCCGUGCGCCUUCUCUCAGACUGGACUGACUGUUUCAUCGGAACGUUGUAGCAAAUGUAUGGUACAAGAUGAUUCGUGUGGGCAAAAUAAACCCAAGGGACUUUUUUUUAUUAUUAUUUUUUUUACUUUUAUUAAGGCUGUCUGUUGGAGAUAGUCAUACAGAUGUCUGAGCAUUUCAAAGGCACGAACUUGCACAAAGGAGUUUUCUGAGAACAAUCAAACUUUUUUCUCUUUAUGCAGAGAAAAGCGGAUCCAAACACACGAUCAUGUGGAUCUAAAUGUAUUCUUGUCGUGGCGAUCGUGUGAUUGUGAUGAUUACGUGUUUUGCGAUGUUCAUCUGUUUUUCCAAAAUGAGGCGACGUUUCAGGGACUUUUAGUUUAUCUGUUGAAUACAGACUGAGGCUCCAGAAGCUGCACUGCUCGCUACACCGAGUUGAAUCUCAACAAUCUGGACAGCCUGUUUUUAAAGUUUGUUGUUUGUUUUUCUUUCUCUAUGCAUGUUAAUGUUUGUUAAUUUUUACAAUCCUCAGUGUACGGCAGGAGCUGUUAAGCCAUGAUAGAUUGAUCAUAUUUAUGUUGACAUUAACAGUUUCAUUGCUGAACUACCUGUCAGCCAUGUUGGAUAUACAGCAACUGUAUAGUCAGUGACACUGACACCUUGAAUGUUAGUUUAGCCAAGUGUUUUUUACAAUAGUUUAUUAACGAAUUCAACUUUAACUCUGUAGCUUUAAUUUGAAGAGACUCACCAUUUUUCAGCAUUUCAUCGUGAUCAAUCCUUACAUUAUAGGAGAGAUAAGGGUAGGAUGAGGAUAAAUGUUUUAAUUCAACUUUGGUGACCAACUGCUUGAUUUGAUCUCAAAGCUCUCAUAAAGACUGGGCCAGGCCUCCUCUGGGGGGCAACAGAGAGCUGCAGGGGACAUGCAGCAGCAGGAUAAAUCUGCAGCUCAUUUCCUACUAGUAUUUUUUUUUGUUCGAUCAAAUCGAUUAAACAUGAGAUAAAUUAUGGAUCCCAGCAGCUGUUAACAAUUAUCUUGUAAUAUGCAAAACAUAAAGACGUCCAGCAUUAACCUAUAAGUAGCUACUGAGUGUGAAGCAGUGCAGUCUGUUAUCCUCCUUUGAAAACAUGUGGAUGUUACUUUUUUCCAGUUACUGACAGAUGUAGCAUUUUUACAAACUCACGUCUGUGAACAGAGCUUUACUGCAAGUUAUUUAAUAAAUUAGUCAAAGGACUAGUUAAUUGUUUAGAAGAAAAAAUCAUCUGGUUGAUUGCAUUUGUUUAAAAUUUUCAGUAUAAGAAAAUUGACAUUUUACUCCAUCAUAAACUACAAUUACACUGACCCACGUGUGUAAUAGUUAAUACUGAACUUUUAAUGCAACACAGCAGUUAUUUGUGGAUUUAAGCCACUCCAAACCUCGAUUUAUCAUAAGAAUCCUUAACAAUCGGUUUUGUUCUGUCUGUUGAAUUUUCUAAUUUAUUUGUUGAGUCUUUGAGACAAUUCAGUGAUUUGAAUUAUUCAGUUGAAGCAGUUCUGCCUCUCUGUGUCUUUGAGGAAUAAAAAUGUAAAACAAUGCAACUACUCAUCAAACUGUUCCAAUGGUAAUAAAGAAAGGG